GUUGUGAUACAUCGCGAGAUUUCCUCGAUGGUGUCGCGCUACCAUGACAUCUUGAAGCAGAGCGACAGGGUAAAACCUCUGUGUGUACAGUGAUCCAGAACAUCAGCUGAAGUCUGAGUUUUAGCCAUGUCAUUAAUAAUCUUAACAUCUGCUCACAGAUUACGAUCAAUCUGCAGAUUGCAGAGAAUACAAGGACACAUGAUGUCGAGUAAAGCUGGGUCUGAAGUUCUGUUUGAGAAAGUUGGGAAUGCAGGAGUCAUCACACUAAACAGACCCAAAGCUCUCAAUGCUCUGAAUCUCACCAUGAUCAGACACAUCUACCCUCAGCUCAAGAAAUGGGACAAAGACUCUGACACAGAUCUAGUGAUCAUUAAAGGGGCAGGGGAGAAGGCAUUCUGUGCUGGUGGGGAUAUCAGAGCUGUCACAGAAGCUGGAAAAGCAGGCGAUUCUCUCGCUCAAGACUUCUUCCGUGAGGAAUAUAUUCUUAACAACACUAUUGGUACAUAUCAGAAACCAUAUGUGGCUCUAAUUGAUGGAAUUACAAUGGGAGGAGGUGUGGGUCUUUCAGUUCAUGGACGGUUUCGUGUGGCCACUGAGAAGACACUGUUUGCCAUGCCAGAGACGGGCAUUGGUCUGUUCCCUGAUGUUGGUGGUGGCUACUUCCUGCCUAGACUUCAAAGCAAACUAGGCCUCUUUCUUGCCCUGACCGGGUUCCGCCUCAAAGGGAGAGAUGUUCAGAGGGUCGGGGUGGCUACUCACUUUGUGCAGUCGGACAAGAUUGCAUCUCUUGAGAAGGAUCUUGUUGAUCUGAAGUCUCCAUCUAACAGUGAUGUGGCCCAGCUGCUGGAUUCUUAUCAGGAACAGAGCAGUCUGGAUGCUGAGAAACCUUUCGUGUUGCAAGAACAGACAGAGGCCAUCGACAGGCUCUUUUCAGCUGGAAGUGUGGAGGAGAUCAUGGAGAACCUCAAGAAAGAUGGCUCUGCUUUUGCACUCAAACAGACUGAGACUCUGUCCAAAAUGUCCCCAACCUCACUGAAGUUAACUUUCAGGCAGAUUCAGGAAGGAGCGAGAAUGAGUUUGCAGGAGGUGUUGGUGAUGGAGUAUAGACUCAGUCAGGCCUGUAUGAGAGGCCACGAUUUUUAUGAGGGAGUCAGAGCAGUGCUAAUCGAUAAAGACCAGAGUCCAAAGUGGAAACCUUCUACCCUGUCUGGGGUCUCAGAGCAGGCUAUAGAAGAAUGUUUCAGCUCUCUGGGUGAAAGAGAUCUCAAACUAUAGAAACUCCCCUCAAAAAUCCUGUAAGUUGCUUUCACAAACCUCUCAAAUUUAUCAAAGAAAUCUGCAUUGUUAUUUCUGUCAGAAUAGCUUACGAAUGCAAAAAUAAUCCUGCUGCUUACAGCUAAAGCAAACGUUCCUCUGAGACUUCUGCACAGAUCCACUGAUCCUUGUGAUGAAAUGAACAAUGCUAGUUUCUUGAGGAAAUUCAGAGGUUUGGGGCGUUUUCUUUGUGCCAUUCCACUGAGAAAUGGCAUUUAGAGUAAGCUAACUAUUGAGAGCAGCCUAGUCAUAUUUUAAAGGUAAAGUUCAUCCAUAAAUGAAAAUUGUGUCAUUUUCGCAACUGUAUGUGUUGUGUAAUUUACUCAACUUUAAUCUUAGAAUGCAGGUCUUUCCCACUAACUUAAAAUCAAAGAGAUUCUACAGAUAUUCCAGUUUUGAGUUCAAAACAGUUAAAAGUUGCGAAAAUAAUGACAUAAUUUCUGUUUUUGGGUGAACUAUAGGACAAUAUGAAUUUACAGCACACCUGUCAGGGUGAAUUUUAUGCUGGGAAUCAUAUUUUGCAUACUUCAUUCUUAAAAAUGUGUUUUUUCAUCUAUACUGUGUAAUCAUUUGUGUAAACCCCUGUGGAAAGAAAAUGGCAGGCACUCAUUUUUGCACAUGCUGCAAUCCGUGAUUAAUCCUGACAACCUUAACACAUACCCUGGCCACGAUUCAGUAUGUGGGAUUAAAGUAUUGUCAUGUGAUGCAUAAUAUGACUGCCAUUAGUGUGUUUACUACACAAGCGGUUCCACUGGCCUAGAAUAGAGAGUAUCAAGCCUUUGACAGAAUAAAUCGGAAUGAUUUUGAAACAACCGUGAUGCCUUGAAUUCAAAUUAUUUGCUUCUUCUCUUCUUUGCUCAUAUAACCAGGAUGUUCAUAAAAGGUGUGUGACCUAUAUUUGUGCUAAAACAAAACAAAAUGAUUGUAUUGUAUCUCUGUUUUUGAUUUUCAUGGUAAAUACGGCAUAAAAUUUCAGUGUGCCCACAGUGCAUCUCAAUAAAAACAACAGUGCAAAAUA